UGAUUUCCGUUCAAGUCAUUCCAUUCACUUUAUUCCCCACAAGAAUUCUAGAGUCCCUCAAUAUAAACACACCCACAUUCAUAUUGAGCACAAAUCAGACCCGAAAAUACCAUCACACUUGAGUGAAAAUCUUCAUUCAUUCAUUCACCUUAAAAGAAAAUGCCUUCACCAGUGCAGCCAAGUCACUCUCCAUCAUCUGCUGAAGGUGAGAAACAUGCACGCAAGCAAUUGGAUAGAGAGAUUAGGGACAUGGUCUCUGCCAUCACUGACAGGGUCACAGAUUUUCACAAACCAGGCUCAACCAACCAUAUGGAGAAUGAUGGUGAACAUGGUUUGAGCAUGGUCACCCUUGUAGGAAACAACAACGGCGCCACUAUGAAAAGUGAAUUCGACGAAAAAUCAGGCAACCCUUCUCAUGGUGAUGAGCCUGAGGCACUGAGCACCUAUGUUAACAGCAACUUCCAAGCCAUCAACAACUCAGUCAUGCUUGGUGGAAGUUACCAGACCAAUGAUCCAGGUGUGCACAUGGAUAUCUCAGAUUUCUCCACUGAGCAUGAGCAGCACCAUCGAAGUCACUACCAGAAGGAAGAAAAGCAUGGGAAGAAGGGAAAGAAAAUAGAGAAAAAAGCUUCCAAAUCCAGACAUCUUUCAUCAUCAUCAUCAGAAGAUUCUGAUUGAGCUUAAUAUUGGUGCUGGAAGCAACAAAACAGUCGAGUGCCAGAGAAUACAUGAAAUCUUCACCAUUGCACAUUACGAGAAUAGAAACUCUCGUUUUGAUUGUUAAGCACUAGCUAAUCAUAUCAUAAGUAUGCUUUGAAUAACCAUCUUUUUGCAAUAUGUUGCUUUUUUUUUUUUGUUUAUUCUUUUCUUUGUUCGGUGUCAAGCAAUAGGAGUCUUUAAUUUUCCCAUCAUAUGCAUAAUUGUAUUCUCUACUUUAAGAAUUUAUGAACAUUGAGUUUUGAGUCAA